ACAGCAACGAGCGGAGCAGCUCCAGCGCUCCGGAUCUUUACGCAGCGAAAGUCCGCGCGGAUCUCCGCUGGCAGCCAGCAGCAGCAACUCGGCUCCCAAAGGGACGUUUGUGUCCCGCUCGUUUGGAUUUGCCAAAUAAUUGUCCCAGAGCGCACGCUCUUGGUGUGGAUCAUUUAAAACGGGGAUCUGAUUUUUACGCACGCUCGGUUGGCUCUUCAACUGCGCUUUCUCCUCGUUCGCUGAACUCCCCGAAUGUGUUUGCGGAGCACACGGGGGUUGACAAAAGGCGUUUUAAACGGAGGGGGGGUACGUGUAGCAAAGGGGUGCAGACUCCACGCAGCGGGGGAGACUGGAGUGUUUUCGUGGCAAGACAGUGGCGCUGGAGUUGUUUGACAAAUUCUGCAAUGAGGAAGACGCAUUUUAAAACCACCACCACAACCACAACCAGCACCCAGGUCGGGGCUGUGGCUCACCCCCGCCGCAGUUUGUAAGAAGGAAGAUCUGUGUGCACUGUAAGUGUCGCCGUGAGGAGCAUGCUGUGACAGCCAUGCCUGUAGAAAUGGAGAAGACCGUUACCAAGCUGAUGUACGACUUCCAGAGGAACUCCACCUCAGACGACGACUCCGGCUGCGCCCUGGAGGAGUACGCCUGGGUACCACCUGGGCUCAAACCCGAACAGGUUCAUCAGUACUACAGCUCCCUGCCGGAGGACAAGGUGCCCUACGUGAACAGCCCAGGAGAGAAAUACCGCAUCAAACAGCUGCUCCAUCAGCUCCCGCCCCACGACAAUGAGGUGCGCUAUUGUAACGGUCUGGACAACGAGGAGAAGCGAGAACUGAAGCUCUUUAGCAACCAACGGAAACGGGAGAACUUGGGCCGCGGCAACGUCCGCCCGUUCCCCGUGACGAUGACGGGGGCAAUCUGUGAACAGUGCGGAGGCCAGAUCAAUGGUGGCGACAUUGCCGUGUUUGCGUCACGGGCAGGUCACAGCGUGUGUUGGCAUCCGGCCUGCUUUGUGUGCAGUAUGUGCAACGAGCUCCUGGUGGACCUCAUCUACUUCCACCAGGACGGCAAGAUCUACUGCGGCCGGCACCACGCAGAGAGACUGAAGCCGCGCUGCACCGCCUGCGAUGAGAUCAUCCUUGCGGAUGAGUGCACUGAGGCAGAGGGGCGCCACUGGCACAUGAAGCACUUCUGUUGUUUCGAGUGCGAGACUGUGCUGGGGGGUCAGCGCUACAUCAUGAAGGAGGGACGGCCCUACUGCUGCUCCUGCUUCGAGUCCCUCUACGCCGAGUACUGCGACUCCUGCGGGGAACAUAUUGGCAUUGACCAAGGCCAGAUGACCUACGAUGGGCAGCACUGGCACGCCACAGAGGGCUGCUUUUGCUGUGCCCGCUGUAAAUGCUCUCUGCUUGGUCGGCCCUUCCUGCCCAAGCAGGGACAGAUCUUCUGCUCACGCUCCUGCAGUCUGGGGGAGGAGCCCAACGGCUCGGACUCCUCCGAUUCAGCCUUCCAGAGCGCUCGAUCCACCAAAGAGUCCAAACGCAGCUCCAAGGCAGGGAAGAGUGGAGGCGGAGGUGGUGGGGUUCAGACUGAGAGAUUCUCUGGGGAGGUGGACCCACUGUCUUUACAAAUGGAUCUGCUCAGUCUCUCCAGCCAAACGGCCAGUUUGACGCGUGAGCCUCCAGCCUGGCAGCGCCAAGAGCGACCAGGGGACGGCUAUCAUUAUGAGUCCCAAUCAGACCCAACUGCCCACACUACCCCUCUCCAGCUCCUGAGCCAGUGUAACGUCAGGACUGCCUAUAACCCCACCUGCUCGGCACAGACAAAUCAUCUGCAGGAUCACAGGAUCAAGGAAAAUGGGGGUUUGAAGAGGCCACCCAUCUCCGCCAUGAAGGGCCAGUCUCUGAAUGAGAUGUGGUUCCAACAGCCAGCCCCAGGAAGCCAGGAAGAGUACUAUCCACCGAAACUGAGGACCCAAAAGAGCUUCACGGAGGUGUCCCAGUGUUCUCAGCAUCACAAUGGGUUCUCCUCUGACAAGCGCUCAAUCAGUUUGCACGGCUUUCAGAGGGACAGGGAAAGAGAGACGGGGCCUCCAGCAGCAACCCAGGUGGCGAGGAGCAGGAACCCCAUCAAUGCACUUAACUUCACAGAGCAACUGACCCCUCUGGAGCAGACUCCAAGAGGAUCCAUGGAGUCCCUGGCCCUAUCCAAUGCAACAGGCAACUCAGCAGAUGGAGCAGGAAAGCGGCAGGAGCAUCUUUCUCGUUUCUCCAUGCCAGACCUGAGCAAAGACUCUGGGAUGAACGUGUCAGAGAAAAGUAACAUGGGCACCCUAAACUCCUCAGUUCAGUUUCGAAGCUCUGAGUCUAUUCACAGCCUCACUGCCAGUCAACCCUACAUGGAAAUGGAUCCUCCCAGGUCCUCCCAGUACCAGGUGCAGUACUGCGACCACCCUGGUAUGGGUGGCGGAAUGGGUAUGACCAAGUUACCACCUGGCUUCACUUUCCAGGAGGAGGAUAGGGUGAGUUUGGUGAGCAGCGCCAAUGCUGCCCGCCUACCCCCCAUCAGUGAGUGCAGGGUGGGUGGUGUCGUUAGUGGAGGAGGUGGAAGGGGAGCCAGUAUUAGGAUAGAUGCUCCAGAAAAUACUCCCCAGAGGCGCCGGCACCACCACCACCGUUCCCGCAGGUCCCGGAGAUCCCGUUCAGAAAACGCUCUCAACUUGGUGGCAGAACGAAGGGUGAUACCUCAAGAAAGAGCACAGUUACGUGUGCGUGAGGAUUACGAUCGUUUCCCGCCACCAAGGAGCGUCAGGGACCAGUUUGGAGGAGGAGGAGGAGGGGGGAGAUACCAGCCCCAACCCUUCAGGCAGUGCCCCAGAACCACUUCAGACCUGACUCUUCAGAACCCCGGCGCCAGCCGACGCACUGGCUUGAACCAGUAUUCCUGGGACGAUUACGAUGAUGAUGAUGGCUGGUGCUCAACUUGCUCUUCAUCCUCCGAAUCGGAGGAUGAAGGUUACUUCUUGGGUGAGCCGAUUCCCAGACCCAUCCAGCUGCGCUACCUCAGCAACCAGGAGCUCGUCCAUAAGUACAACGGGAUUGGAGGACCCAACCACGGCGGGCAGUUACACACCCGCAAACGCAGAAAAAGCAAGAACUGUAUCAUCUCCUAACACCCUCUCAUCUGGUAAAAGAAAUUCCUCUUUGUCCAGACUGUGAACACUAUCUCCCAUCUGGAACAAAAAAAACAAAGUCAAUCUCAAAGUCCAUUUAUUCAGUGUUGUUGAGUUAUGAAUAUCAAGUAAUGAAAGUCAGCGAUGGACUACAGUUGGUUAACAGUGAAAAAGCAACAGCGUUUGCAUGUUUGUUCAUUUUAAUGUUUCGGAAUAUCUCUUGAGUGUUAAGGCUAAACGUUCAAUGCGCUGUUCUAUUACAACAUUUAUCAAAAGCCGAUGUGCAAUUGUUUUUUUUAACUUCACUUACAUGCAGCAGACAAGUGUGCAAAGUAGUUGGUUUGGUACAGCUUAGCUUUUUCACACAAUGUGAUUUAGAUAUAGAAUAUACUGUGCUAUUGUAUUCAGUUCAUAGUAUGUACAUAGAUAAAUGAAUUAAUAAUGUCACUUAAGUUAAGGAAGUCCAUGUACAUAUGGUUGUAAAUGAGGCCUCACAUAUUUUUAUAUUUUGUAUGGAUAGAAUCAUUUAUGUAAUAAAUAUCUAUAAUGUAGAUAUAGAAUAUGUCAAAACCAACGUAUGCAUGUUUUAUUUGGCUGACUUGGUCCUGCAUUUGGAAUAAAGGAGUAUUUCAGUGAGUGA